UUGUGUCUUUGUUGUGACAAUGGACCCAUCACCAAACAUCAUCAUGUUCUUUCAUUUAUUUGCAUUUUGCAUUCUCAGAACACGCCAUCAAUAAAAAAUCCAUUUUCAUUCAGUCAACUAGCAUAGUCUAGCCCAGCUAAUCCAAUCAUCCAAUCCAUCACCAUGCAAGCAUCCACUUCUAGCACCACCGUUCCUUCUUCGCAAGACGUGCGAGCAGCCAUUGCGGCGGAUAAUAAAGGCACCGCCAUGCCGCUUUCCACUCGCAUGGUGCUGAGUGCCUUUGCCGGCAUGGGCGCCGCCACGUUCUGUCACCCGCUCGAUGUGAUUCGCGUCAACAUGCAAACGGCCGGAGAAGGUGCCUACAAGAAUACACUGGACGCUGGACUACAAAUUUAUCGACAAGCCGGAUUUUCCGGUGGUAUCUAUGCCGGUAUUUCCGCCGCCUAUUUGCGUCAAUGGUUGUACGGAUCCUGCCGCAUGGGGAUUUAUUCCUAUCUACUGGAGCGGGCGCAAAUUCAAAACCAACAAGCGGGACGAAACAAGAACGAAAUUUCCUUUACCAGCAAAUUGUUCAUGGGCUGUUGCAGUGGCGCGAUUGGCUCCUUUGUCGGGACACCGUCGGAAUUGGCGCUGGUGCGCAUGUCGGCCGAUUCCAAGGCACCCGUCGAACAACGACGAAACUACAACAAUGUCAUUGAUUGUAUCGUUCGCAUUUCACGAGAAGAAGGAUUGGCCAAUUUGUGGCGUGGUGCAGCUCCCACUGUCCUUCGAGCGACACUCUUGUCGGCCUGCAGUUUGGGUGUCACAUCGGAAGCCAAACAAGUAUUGGCGGAUUCUGGAUACUUUGGUCCCAAUGGGGAAUACAUGAAUGGAUACCCCAAAAUGUUUUGUGCUACUUUGAUCAGUAGUUUCUGUGCCAACGUUGUGGCCAAUCCAUUUGAUGUCAUCAAGAGCCGAUUGCAGAACAUGCCCAUCAAUGCCGAUGGAACCGCUCUCUACAAUGGUAUGGUCGAUUGUUUCGUCAAGAGUGUCCGUGCCGAAGGACCCAUGGUCGUGUAUGCUGGAUUCACUCCUGCAUUUGUCAAGUUGGCUCCCUACUCCAUCAUUAGUCUCACAUUGGCGGACAAAUUGACCAAGGCGUUGACCGGCAAAGACGCACUCUAGUCAGCUACGGAAUGGUAUGGUACGUCCGUGUAUUUUUGCGUAUUGAAGAGUGUGCACCAAAAUGUAUGCGACGAAUAGGACUUAUUUACAUGAAGAAAAACGACAAAAGACUACUGAAGAAAGUGCUUGCACGAACGGUGGCUAUUGACAGGCUAGCUAUGCAAACGAAAAUGCUCCAAGAAACAAUAAAGAACCCACAGCUACCGUGGACCAUGGCAUCAUAAGAGCUUGCAUUAUUCAAACUCUACUUCUUUACUUCUAG